AAGAAAUUCUCUUUCAAGAAAUUGUGUCUCAAGUUGUCUGUUUUUGUGUGAAAUUAUCUGAAACUUCAUACUGAGUCAGUAUGUCAAAAGGAGCUGACCACACUGAUCAGUUCUGUGGAGACAUACAUUUUUUUCUGAUAGGGGCAAAGCGAUGGUGUAAGUGUCUGGUGGGAAAUAAAAUUCUUGGGUAUGAACAUUUCCUGCCAGAGUCCACAUCUGCUGAAGAGGUAUCGCUGCAGAUAGGAGUCAAAUGGAUAACUGUUAUUCAAGAGCCUCAGACUGUAAUUCAGAGGUACAUGGAGACAUCAUCUUGGUGUCCAUGUAUGAUUUUAUUUGUUCUGCAGCGUGACCAUGUUUCUCAGAAGGAUAUGGAAAUGUUUGCACAUUUUCAACAAAAAUUUGGAAAUAAAAUGGAGGAAAAUACUGUUGUAAUUCUGGUCAGCAGCGAAGAUGAGGCAUCAGUAAAGCCAAACAAAGAAACAGACGAGAACCUGGAUAGGAUUCUCUAUCAAUGUGGAAGGAAAGUGUGUGGUUUUAACAAAAAUCUGGAGCAAUGUGACUUAAUCGAACAACUGAUUACAUGUCGCAAAAGUGUGCCUGAACUCCAAGUAUACAAGCAUGAAAGAUCAUCACACAGGACCACAUCUGUGGAAAGGGAGAUGCAGAAUCCACAGGAAGCAAUGACACGAGAGCAUAUACCAGCAGCACGCUGCCAUCGGUGCUUCCGGUGGAGCGGCCGGAGCCCGCUCGGGCGGUUCCGGUUGUCUCUUUCGCUGACCAGGGAUGCCUACAGUGCGUGUGGGGAUGCUGCCUCCACCCUGCACGCCAUGGCGCUUUUGCAAGUACACCAGGCGAAGGCGCUUCAUGAUGUGCAGGCGGGGGGUCCCUACCCAGCUCUGCUGCAGGAGCUGCGUGUGGCGAUGGACUUCGCUCUCCGAGCAACGAAAGUCACCGGACAUUCGCUGGGUCGGGCGAUACCCUGGCAGAUAUGA